AAGGCAGUUUCAUUUAACCGAGGCUUGUUUAAAGGAGGACGCUCGUUAUACUGCAGCCUUCUAAGGACGCGUCCUACCUAGCACACAGCCUUCGAAACGAGACGCAUUGACAUGUAGAUGAACACGCUUGAGUCCACCCUCUUGGGCACGUGAGCGUUUGAAUAAGCUUUAUUUGCAAUCACCACUAGAACAACCGUCAUUUCAAAACACAAGAUAUUAUUAAAACCGGCUUUAUUUCGCAUGGGAGCUAAUCAAAAGGGGUUGGCUCAGUUUGAGGAACAAGCUCAACAGUUAUUCAUAGCUUCUGUGGCAAACCACUGAUUCUGAGCAACCGAUGGCAUCGGAGGAGAUGGAAGGCUUGUGCCCUUUGCCAGAGGUAACGGGCAUCAAGAUGGAGCCACCAGUCAGCGUGGGCUCAGCAGAGGAUGCCAAUUCACAGAACACCAUGGGCAUAAAGUUUAUUUUACCUAAUCGCUUUGACAUGAAUGUGUGCUCGCGCUUUGUGAAGUCAUUAAACGAAGAAGACAGUAAAAACAUCCAGGAUCAGGUGAACUCUGAUUUGGAGGUAGCCUCUGUGUUAUUUAAAGCAGAGUGCAAUAUCCAGACAUCUUCCUCACCUGGUAUUCAGGUAAGGCAUGUGUACACACCAUCGACCACCAAACAUUUCUCUCCAAUAAAACAGUCCACCACACUCACCAACAAACACCGUGGCAAUGAGGUCUCAUCCACACCGUUGCUUGUUCACUCACUGUCUAUUCACCAGUUGGCAGCACAAGGAGAGAUGGUGUUCUUAGCAAGUCGAAUAGAACAAGAGUCAGUGAUAAACCUGCAGGAUGAAGAGGGAUUCACCCCAUUGAUGUGGGCUGCAGCUCAUGGCCAGAUUGCCGUGGUGGAGUUCCUGUUACAGAGUGGUGCAGAUCCUCAUCUUUUGGCCAAGGGGAGAGAGAGUGCUUUGUCACUGGCCUGCAGUAAAGGGUACACGGAUAUUGUUAGAAUGCUUAUCGACUGUGGAGUUGACGUCAAUGAAUAUGACUGGAAUGGUGGAGCUCCAUUACUCUAUGCAGUACAUGGCAAUCAUAUUCGCUGUGUGGAAAUCCUCUUAGAGAGUGGAGCUGACCCAACCAUGGAAUCUGAUUCUGGUUUCAAUGCUAUGGACAUGGCUGUGGCAAUGGGCCAUAGAAAUGUCCAACAGGUCUUGGAGGCUCAUCUCCUGAAGCUUCUACAAGGUAUCAAAGAAUAACCAUGGCACUAAAGUAACUGUGAGAAAGAGGAAAUACAAGGAGACUCGGGGAGAACAUUCUUUGAAUGUUUAAUAUCAGUGAACUGAUAUAGUGGACAGUUUUGUUUUGCACGUUUGUGAAACAUUUUAUAUUUAUUUAGUAGUAAUUUUUUGAGUGUCCUUGAAUAUUUUGAAUUUAUUUCAAGGAUGCAAAGGCACAGAUCAACAAACACAAAGUGCUGACAUCUGAUUUUGAGUGUUGCUAAUCAGCUGAUAUACAGUAUGUAGAGGUUUGUUUUUUGGUCAGUUAUGUGUGUUUUGGAUUCGUCACAUAGAUCUUCACCUAGUUACAUUAUUUACUUGAAAAGAUAUUUAACGGAAUUAAGAAUGGCUCAUAAAAAAGCCUCUGUCAAGAACCUAAUUUUGGGCACUCUUUGAAUUAAGCAGGUGGAAAAAUGACAGAAAAGGACAUGGACAGAAUCUGGUCAUAUAAUUUCAGAUCGAUCCAAGUACUAAUUCAGCUGUUGUCAAGAUGACACUUGUCAUUCAUGUUUGCAAAAAAAAAAAAAAAAAAAAAAAGUUUACACACUAGAUUGCCCUCAUUCAAUGCAAGUUUGGUGCUACAAAACUGUAAAUAAAUAUAUAUUUUUCACUUUUAUUUAAACUGAAGGACAUGUCUGAAUUAUGUCUUAAAAAUAAGACAACUUCAGGACAUUUUUAAAACAACAGAAACUUAUAACCACAAGUCAUGUCUACCUGUCCAAAAAUAAACACAGUCCUUUUAUCUAAAUGUGCUUUAUACUUCAGCAAGUAAUUCAUUGUAUUUCUAAAGUCUUUUUUAACUCUUUGGACCUGCCAGACAAUUAAGAGUUGUCUUAAAUGUAGGUUAAAUAAUGUUUCAGGUAAACAGCAUGGUGUGUACCGGGCCUCAAUAAAAAAAGACAAAAAAAAAAUGUGUAUUUAAUAAGCUUUUGUCAAUAGCAAAUGUUUAUUUCCAGAUGUUGAUUCAGAUAGGCUGCAAACAAGUGAGCCUCAGUAACAGGGAAGGUGGAGGUAAAAAUGCCUCUUGGACCGCACAAGCAAACAAACACACUGUGCAUGAAGCCAUGUGGUACAAACAAUCUCAUACUCUCAGCAUGGACACAAAUGGGUCACAUCAGUGCACAAGAUAUAGGAGAUUUGGGGAUGCAAAAAAAAAAAAAAAAAGUCCCACAUGUCUCCGCUGAGACCGGAGAUUUCAAACACCUUUCCCAUCAAGUUAAUUUGCCUCGUUCUUUGAAGCCUCAUCGAAAUUCUCAACAAGAUCUGCAA